AUGAGUUGGGGUGUUGAACUAUGGGAUCAAUUUGAAAAUGUUUCAAAAUUUACCGAUAAAAGUAUACAAUUUUGUGAGAGAUAUGAAUCAUUUGUUAAAGAUCGGUGUACAGUAGAAGAAGAUUAUGCUAAAGCUCUCAAAAAACUUACAAAAUCGUAUCAGCCAAAACGAAAAGAAGAUGAAGAAUUUUAUAGCAAAUAUUCUUUUACGAUUGCGUACACCAAUACAUUGAAAGAAUUACAAGAUUUAGCUAGUCAACAUGAACUUAUAUCUGAAAAUUUAAAAGAACGUGUUAUUAAACAGAUUCAAACAACCGUUAAAGAAUGUCGUGAACAACGAAAAAAAUGUCUGGAUGAAUAUACCAAAAUAAAACGUCAACUGGAUAAACAACAUGAACUGAUGACAAAAUACGAUGAAGCUUACGAAUCUGCUCGUCGUGCUAAAGAUGGCUAUGAAAAGGCUCAUGAAGAUCUUGAUCUGUCACGUGCUCAAUUGGAAAAAGCACGUGAUACAAUGACAACAAAAUCGAAAUUAUGCGAUGAAUCAAAAACAAAUUAUUCAUUAAAUGUUAAAUCGUUUAAUGAUGUACAACGUAUUUUCUAUGAAAGACAAUUACCAUCAGUUUUAAAUGAAUUACAAGAGAUUGAUUGUAAACGUUCAAAUGAAUUAAAAGAUUGUUAUUUUAAAUUUAUUCAAUCGAACAUGGAAGUGUUACCACGAAUUGAAAAAUGUCUCGAAGAAAUGCAUAAACAAACACAAUUAAUAAAUUCCAUUCAAGAUUGUAAUCUCGUUAUUGACGAUUAUAAAUCGGGUUAUUUGAUACCAGAUGAUCAAAAAGAAAUUGAUUUAAAUGAUGUUGAAUCAACAUUUUCAACACUAUUAAAUAAUAGUAAUCAAAAUCAUAACAAUAAUAACAUUACAGAACAACAACUGUACAAUAUCAACUUGAAUAAUAGUACAUCACUCGAUAGUGGAAACAUUUUAGGACGAUCAAAUACGUUGAGAAGCACGGACAGUGAUCACAGUCAAAAUGGGCACACAUUAUAUGUGGGAAGUGCUGGAGGACAAGUAAAUGGAAUUUUGAAUAAUAAUAAUACACAAAUACUAGUUCAAUCGACAAAAGGAACAGGACGAAAAGGAAAAGCAAAUACAAUACGAAAAAUAUUUGGAGGUGGAAGUCAUGGUACACAACGAAAGCCGAAUGGGUCUAAUUACGGUCAGAUACCGGCCACCACACCUUAUGGAACUCUACCACCUGCUCAACGUUUAAAGAAAUUUCAAGAACACAUUAACAGUUGUAAAGUUGACUUGGAUAAAAAACAAAAGGCCAAAGAAGGACUAUUAAAAAUGAAAGCUGUGUUUAUGGAGAAUCCAAAGUUUGGCCCUGAACAAGAAGUCAACGGACAAUUGGUGGCCAUUGAUGAGCAAAUUGAAAAAUUAAUUGCUGAAAUAAAAAGAUUUGAAUCUUACACACAAGAGUUGGAACGUUCAAGAUUAUCCGAUGUCGAUUCACGUUUACGUGCUAAUUACGGUUCUGAUUUAUCUAUUGGACAAACAAGUAUAAAUUCUAAUCCAGGAACACCCGCACAAAAUCGAAGCAUUCCAGAUUAUGAUAUACGCUAUGCACUUGAGCCAGUUUAUCAUAUCUAUCAACCUUUAAGCCCACCAGAUACAUCUGAUCAUGGUACACCUAAUCAACAACAACUACAACAACCUUAUAAUAAUAGUAGUAAUACAAAUCAUUACAAUCAUUCAUCAACCUACCAGCGUUUACCGUCAGUAAAUUCAACAACAAUCGAACACACAUCGAUAAAUCUUUCAUCAAGACCAACGAAUGAUCAUCAUUCACCGUCGUAUGAUCGUUCACUGAAUGCAUCAUUCGAUGAAGAAGAGCAUUCGAUAAGCGAAGAUUCAUCAUUACCGCCUCCCAUACCCCUAAAUGUACAUAAUCAUUCAAAUAUUCCUGUUGAACAUACAAUGCAAUCAAAGGCACAUGUUCUCUAUGAAUUUAAUGGCGAAACGGUUUAUAUUCUUGAAUAUGAUCAAGGUGAUGGAUGGACGCGAAUACAAAAAGUUGAUGGUUCAAGUGGUUUUGUACCAUCAUCUUACAUUAAACAAAUAAGACAAGAUGACGAACCAACAACAACAUCCUUUGAAACUGGUCGAUUUUAA